UAUUUUGAAGAUGCACCUUAUAAGGAAAGCGUGAAUCGACGUCGAUUCAUAUUAUUAUAUUUUUUUGUUGAUAAUUUGAGAUAAUUAAUACAUUAUACUGAUUUUGAUUAUUGUUCUCGGGAGGCACGGCAUUUAGAGAAUGUGUUUACCUUAUUUGACAGCCAGUUCAAUGCCAACAGGGUUUAUGGUUGAUGAAUGACAUUCACACAGAGCAGUCGACAUUGCUCUGUCCAUGUCAAGACUGUCUACAAUAUUUUCACUGGAAUACGUUUGUAAGCCCGAAGCAGGUUGAAGAUGCGACUUCGGACUGUCCUGGGAAUAGGCAUUGGGACGUUCAGUGUCCUGGUUGGGGGGGGUAAAGGUCUACUGAAGAGUGGACCACAGACGUGCAGGUGGAGACUACAAGGAAGAAGACAUUACAGCUUUUUGCCAGAUGAUGUCAAAUCCCCACGAGCUGUCGUCAAUCCAGAUAUAUCGAAAAUCCGGAACAUUGGCAUCAUGGCACACAUAGAUGCAGGGAAGACCACCACCACAGAGAGAAUGCUGUAUUACUCUGGAUACACCAGGGCUUUGGGAGAUGUUGACGAUGGGGACACUGUGACAGACUUCAUGGUUCAGGAGAGGGAGCGGGGAAUCACCAUACAGUCUGCUGCAGUCACCUUCGACUGGAAAAAGCACAGGAUCAACCUCAUAGAUACGCCAGGACAUGUUGACUUUACUCUGGAGGUGGAGCGAGCCCUGCGUGUGUUGGAUGGGGCGGUGGCAGUGUUUGAUGCCUCUGCUGGCGUUGAGGCUCAGACUCUGACAGUGUGGCGGCAGGCUGAGAAACAUCAUGUACCCUGUAUCUGUUUCCUGAACAAGAUGGACAAGCCUGGGGCCAGUUUACACUUUUCCAUUGAGAGCAUAAAGAAGAAACUGAAAGCCAAUCCUGUGCUCCUCCAGAUUCCAAUUGGCAGCGGGAAGAGCUUCAUAGGAUUGAUUGACUUGAUUACCAACCAGCAAAUGACGUGGCGGGUGAAAUCCAGAGCAGAGGAUGGCCGUGUCUUUGAGACCAAAUCUCUCAGCCAAUCAGAUGACCCGGAACUUCUUCAGGACGCUAUGGAGGCCAGAGCAGCUCUGAUAGAACAGGUUGCUGAUCUGGAUGAUGAGUUUGCAGAGCUGUUAAUUGAAGUUUAUGGUGAAAAUUUUGAUGCGGUACCUCCUGCCAAACUCCAGGAGGCAGUGCGGAGGGUGACUCUGGCACGUAAAGGAGUCCCUGUGCUCUGUGGGAGCUCUCUGAGGAACAAAGGUGUUCAGCCUCUCCUGGACGCCAUCACAGCCUACCUCCCUGCCCCAAACGAGAGGCACCAUGACCUAGUGCGUUGGUACCAGGAUGACCUGUGUGCCCUGGCCUUCAAGGUGGUGCAUGACAAGCAGCGAGGUCCUCUGGUGUUUGUGAGGAUCUACUCUGGGACCAUGAAGCCCCAGUCUGCUGUCCUCAACAUCAACAGGAACAACACAGAGAGGAUGAGUCGGCUGCUGCUGCCAUUUGCUGACCAGCAUGUGGAGAUACCUUCUCUGACUGCAGGAAACAUUGCACUCUGUGUGGGCCUCAAGCAGACAGUGACAGGGGACACUAUUGUGUCCUCCAAGGCCUCGGCAGUGGCUGCGGUCCGGCGGGCCCAGAAGGAGAAGGAGGGGGAGAGGAAGAGGGGUGGAGAGCAGGCCAGUCUGGUGCUAGCUGGAGUGGAGGUCCCCGAGCCUGUCUUCUUCUGCUCCAUAGAACCCCCCACUAUGUCUAGACAGGCAGAUCUGGAGAAUGCCCUGACCUGCCUCCAGAGAGAAGACCCUAGCCUGAAGGUCAGGGUAGAUUCAGACUCUGGACAGACCAUUCUGUGUGGAAUGGGAGAGCUGCACAUUGAGAUCCUCCAUGAUCGGAUCAGGAGAGAGUACGGCAUCGAAACCCACCUGGGACCUCUACAGGUGGCCUACAGGGAGACCAUCCUCCAAUCAAUGGCCACCACAGACACGCUGGACCGUACAGUUGGGGAGAGGAGACACAUGGUGACUGUGAGUGUGGCGGUCUGCCCCAUCAUGGACUCCUCCUCCUCCUCGCUCACUUCCUGUGAAAUCACCUACGAUGAGGAAGUGGAGGAGCAGCUGUCCCCUGAUGUCAGGGACGCUGUGGAGAACGGCGUAAACAGCUCUUAUCUCCAAGGUCCGUUGCUUGGUUACCCGGUCCAGGGCGUGUCCACUAUGAUCCAGAGUGUGAGCAUGGAGCCGGGGACAUCUCUAGCUAUGUUGUCUGCCUGCGUGUCCCGCUGUAUGCUCAAGGCUCUGAGGCAGGCGGGGGGGCAGGUGCUGGAGCCUGUGAUGUCACUGGAGGUGACGGUGGGGGAGGAGCACCUGAGCUCUGUGCUGGGUGACCUGGCUCAGAGACGAGGGGCCAUCCGGGACAUCCAGAGUCGCCAUGACAGCAAGGUUCUGCUUGCCACCGCACCCCUGGCUGAGAUGAUGGGCUACUCCACCGCCCUGCGAACUCUGACCUCUGGCAACGCCACCUUCUCCCUCCAGCUGGACAUCUAUGAGGCCAUGAACCCCCAACACCAGAAUGCCCUGCUCAACAAGAUGUCUGGCCUCGCCUGAUGACAUCACUCAGAGAUGGAAGAGUAAUUCUGGGAAAUGUAAGCCAGCAGGAAUGUCUAUUUUCAGUGCUUUCAGAAAGUAUUCAUGUUGUUGUGUUGCAGACUGAAUUCAAAAUGGAUUAAAUAUAUUUUUCUCUCCCCCAUCUACAUACAAUACACCAUAAUGACAAAGUGAAAACAUGUUUUUAGAAAUUUCAGCUAAUUUAUUGAAAAUUAAAUACAGGAAUAUCUGAUUUACAUGUAAGUCAAUACUUUGUAGAAGUACCUUUGGCAGCGUUUACAGCUGUGAGUCUCUUAAGAGCUUUCCACAGCUGGAUUGUGCAACAUUUGCUCAUUAUUCUUUUCAAAAUUAUUCAAGCUCUGUCAAAUUGGUUGUUCAUCAUUGCUAGACAACCAUUUUCAGGUCUUGCCGUAGAUUUAAGUCAAACCCGUAACUCGGACACUCACUGCCUUCUUGGUAAGCAACUCCAGUGUAGAUUUGGCCUUAUUUGUUUUAGGUUAUUGUCCUGCUGAAAGGUGAAUUCAUCUCCCAGUGUCUGCUGGAAAGCAGACGGAACCAAGUUUUCCUCUAUGCUUGAAAAAAAUGGACAGUGGUACUCAGUAUGUGUUGUAUUGGAUUUGCCUCAAACAUAACACUUUGUAUUCAGGACAAAAGUCAAAAGCCUUGCCACAUUUUUUGCAGUAUUUCUUUAGUGAGGGUUUCUUAAAAAAUAUAUACACUGCUCAAAAAAAUAAAGGGAACACUUUAUUUUACUUUACUUUAAAACUUUAAACAACACAAUGUAACUCCAAGUCAAUCACACUUCUGUGAAAUCAAACUGUCCACUUAGGAAGCAACACUGAUUGACAAUAAAUUUCACAUGCUGUUGUGCAAAUGGAAUAGACAACAGGUGGAAAUUAUAGGCAAUUAGCAAGACACCUCCAAUAAAGGAGUGGUUCUGCAGGUGGUGACCAGACCACUUCUCAGUUCCUAUGCUUCCUGGCUGAUGUUUUGGUCACUUUUGAAUGCUGGUGGUGCUUUCACCCUAGUGGUAGCAUGAGACGGAGUCUACAAACCACACAAGUGGCUCAGGUAGUGCAGCUCAUUCAAGAUGGCACAUCAAUGCGAGCUGUGGCAAGAAGGUUUGCUGUGUCUGUCAGUGUAGUGUCCAGAGCAUGGAGGCGCUACCAGGAGACAGGCCAGUACAUCAGGAGACGUGGAGGAGGCCGUAGGAGGGCAGCAACCCAGCAGCAGGACCGCUACCUCCGCCUUUGUGCAAGGAGGAGCACUGCCAGAGCCCUGCAAAAUCACCUCCAGCAGGCCACAAAUGUGCAUGUGUCUGUGCUUACAGCCCAACACCAUGCAGGACGUUUGGCAUUUGCCAGAGAACACCAAGAUUGGCAAAUUUGCCACUGGCGCCCUGUGCUCUUCACAGAUGAAAGCAAGUUCACACUGAGCACAUGUGACAGACGUGACAGUCUGGAGACGCCGUGGAGAACGUUCUGCUGCCUGCAACAUCCUCCAGCAUGACCGGUUUGGCGGUGUGUCAGUCAUGGUGUGGCAUUUCUUUGGGGGGCCGCACAGCCCUCAAUGUGCUCGCCAGAGGUAGCCUGAAUGCCAUUAGGUACCGAGAUGAGAUCCUCAGACCCCUUGUGAGACCAUAUGCUGGUGCGCUUAGCCCUGGGUUCCCCCUAAUGCAAGACAAUGCUCGACCUCAUGUGGCUGGAGUGUCAGCAGUUCCUGCAAGAGGAAGGCAUUGAUGCUAUGGACUGGCCCGCCCGUUCCCCAGACCUGAAUCUAAUUGAGCACAUCUGGGACAUCAUGUCUGGCUCCAUCCACCAACACCACGUUGCACCACAGACUGUCCAGGAGUUGGCGGAUGCUUUAGUCCAGGUCUGGGAGGAGAUCAUCCACCACCUCAUCAGGAGCAUGCCCAGGCAUUGUAGGGAGGUCAUACAGGCACGUGGAGGCCACACACACUACUGAGCCUAAUUUUGACUUGUUUUAAGGACAUUACAUCAAAGUUGGAUCAGCCUGUAGUGUGGUUUUCCACUUUAAUUUUGAGUGUGACUCCAAAUCCAGACCUCCAUGGGUUGAUAAAUUUGAUUUCCAUUGAUAAUUUGUGUGUGAUUGUUGUCAGCACAUUCAACUAUGUAAAGAAAAAAGUAUUUAACAAGAAUAUUUCAUUCAUUCAGAUCUAGGAUGGGUUAUUUUAGUGUUCCCUUUAUUUUUUUGAGCAGUGUAUACACUGCACCCAGGGGGGGCCCCAGAACAGAGUUUGGGAAACCCUGCUUUAGUGCCUUGUUGCAAAUGUUUCCUUCUUUUCACUUUUGUCAAUUAGGUUAGUAUUGUGGUUUAACUGCAAUGAUGUUGAGCCGUCCUCAGUUUUCUCCCAUCAAACUCUUAACUGUUGUCGUCACCAUUGGCCUUUGGUGAAAUGAGCGGUUUCCUUCUCCGGCAACCGAGAUAGGAAGGACGCCUGUAUCUUUGUGGUGACUGGGUGUAUUGAUAACUUCACCAUGCUCAAAGGGAUAUUUGUCUGCUUUUGAAAAAAAAUACAUGCCCUACUUUGCAAGGCAUUGGAAAAUCUCCCUGGUCUUUGUGGUUAAAUAUGUUUGAGAUUCACUGCUUGACUGAGGAAUUACAGAUAAUUGUAUGUGUGGGGUAUAGAGAUGGGGUAGUCAAUCAACUGUUAAACAGGGGCUCCUGAGAUACUCAGUGCAAGAGGCGUCACUACAGUCCCUGGUUUAAAUCCAGGCUGUAUCACAUCCGGCCGCGAUUGGGAGUCCCAUAGUGCGGUGCACAAUUCUCCCAGCAUCAUAUGGGUUUGGCAGUCAUUGUAAAUAAGAAUUUGUUCUAAACUGAUUUGCCUACUUCAAGGUUAAAUAAAAAACACUAUUGCACACAGA